CGGUAGUCAGCUCUGUCUGUGGGUCCUUCCUGUAGUUUAGGAAAGAUGGCGGCGUCCAUGCUUUGCAGGAGGACGACUGUGUUAUGUAGAACUAUAAAGGGAGUUCCAUCUUCUAAAAGUGUACUUUCGGCAAACUCUCAAAGUGGGACUCUGAUGCAAACGGCCUGCUAUAAUCCAAAGCCUCUAAACCUGAACCUCAGUCAUCCCUAUAUUCCAGACAAAGACAGUGAGAAGACGCCGGAGUGGCAGAAGACGGCCCGGUAUGACAGAAAGCUGUUCGGUCGCUACGGCUCCGCUUCAGGCAUUGACCCUGCCUCUUUGUGGCCCAGCCAAGAGCAGCUAGACCAUCUCAUUGCUGGGGAAAAAGAAUGGCACUCUUCGUUAGAAGUUAUGCUGAAGAACAUCGAAGCCAAAGAAAAGGAGGAAACUGCAAAACGGAUGAAAAAGGAGAAACUGAUUGCAGCCAACAUGGCCAAGAUGCCAAAGAUGGUCGCUGACUGGCGGAAGGAAAAGCGUGAAACCAAGCAAAAGCUAAAGGAGGAGAAAGCUCAACGUGAAAAGUUGCUGGCAGAGGCCAGAGAACGUUUUGGAUACUCGGUGGACCACCGCAGCCCCAAGUUCUUGGAAAUGGUUGCUGAAAUAGAAAAGGAAAGGAAGAAGAAUCAAAAGCUGAUGAAACGCAGGCUAAAAGAUGAGCAGGGAGCGGGUCCCGUAACACCUCCUGCUGCUUCAUCAUAGACGAGGACUGAGUAGUUUCAGAUGUUCUGUUGAGAUUUGUUGCAACUGCAUUUAAUAAGAUGGAAGGUGUGUUGCAUAGUGGACUUCAGAGAGACUGUUCUGUAAGAGAAUCUCAAAACAACAUCCUUGUUUUUCUCCACAGUUGUUAGCCAUGUUUGUUAAGCAUAUGUACAUUUGUGUGUUGCAUAUAUUCAAAUAAAUUAAUCUCUGUAUACUGUA